CUCAAACUCAAAACUCACUUGACCACUACGCUACUACUUAACUUUCCUUGGCACUUGGCAAUCAGCCAGCAGUAGUAGGUACCUAUAAUCUUUUUUAUCAUCUUUAAUCAACUCCCUGGCCUUUGUUAAACAAAAACAAAUAACACUCGCUCAAACACCUUAAAAUAAUGUCAACAAAACGACAGUGUACAUUUUAAUAGCAAUAUUAUAAAUAUUAGGUAGGUAUUCGAAAUUAAGAACUUGAGAAUAGGUUCAAGAACGAAACCUUGAUUUCCAUAACUAAUGGCUGAUCAGGGUAUUGAAGCCAUCAAAGUGUUCCCGCAACAGCAGCAGCAGCAGCUUAAUAAUCAGGAAUCCAUAAUGAAUUCUAUGGAUAGAUAUAGAAACGAAUGGACCCAGAUAAUAGCAUCACUUGAAAAUUUUGACGCAAUUCGUGAUCUGGCAUUUAAUGGAGAUCUUAAAGUAUCUAAAUUCCGUAGCAUCUAUUGGGCUCUGUUGUUGCGGGUGUUAAAUGCUGAUCAUACUACGUGGAAGGAGCAGCGUGUACAACAAAGGAAUAGGUAUGAGAAAUUGAAGCAAGAAUUUGUUAAGAAUCCCCAUACUGCAAAGUUCAACAAUGAUGAUCCGUUGUCGCAAUCGAAACAGAGUAUAUGGAAUCAAUACUUCAGUGACCAAGAACUUUUUGCUGUGAUCAAACAGGAUGUGAUACGUACUUUUCCUGGUGUUGAAUUCUUUAGAAAACCUUUAAUUCAAUCAGCAAUGACGAAUAUUCUUUUCUAUUAUGCGAGGGAACAUCCAUACAUGUGCUAUCGUCAAGGAAUGCAUGAGAUCCUAGCCCCUAUAUUAUUUGUUAUGUAUGGUGAUCAUCAGGCUCUGUUGCACUUUAUGGAAUUGAGUGAAGACAUAGAUGAACUGCUGAGAGAUGUUUUAAGUCCGGAACACUUGGAAGCUGAUUCCUAUUCAAUAUUUUCACGGCUUAUGGCAUCCAUUGAGUCCUAUUAUCGAAUAACAAAUUUAACACAAACUGAUGGCGGUUACUUUCCUGUUGAGAAUGAUCAGGAUAUACUCGAUCCAGUUACAACUGAAGUAGAAGUUAUAAGUCAAUUAAAUUUGAUACGUGAUAAAAUACUUGCCAAGGAAGACUUACAUUUGCAUAACUAUCUACUUAAAUUGGACAUUCCUUUGCAUAUUUUUGGCAUACGAUGGCUUCGGCUUCUUUUUGGAAGAGAAUUCCCUUUGCUCGAUCUACUUAUGCUGUGGGAUGCAAUAUUCGCCGACAGUGACCGUUUUGAUCUCCCCAACUAUAUUCUUGUAGCCAUGUUAAUUCGAAUUCGGGACAAGUUACUUUUAAAUGAUUAUACAACAUGUCUUACAUAUCUCAUGAGAUAUCCUACAAAUGUAGAUAUCAAUUUAAUUCUUCGUCAUGCCUUGCACAUGCAAAGUCCCAAAAAAUUUGAUCGUCCACCAAAUGCCUUUAUAUAUUUCACUAUGAAUACUGAAACAGCUCAAUCAUCUCAAUAUCCAGCAUCAUCAUCUUCGUCACAAAUUAAAUCUGUUGUUCCUGGUUCAGCACCAACAAUGAGAAAAGUUUUACCACACUCGCAAAUUACUCAUUUGGGACCAAAUGAAAAACGUCGUCAACGCUCGAGUUCACUAUCGAAUGACAGUAAGUUUCAAAAACAAAUAAUUGACAUACAAUAUAGAAAUGCAUUAGACUUAGCAGCUAUAGCCAGAUUGAAGGCAACUCCGGAGUCCGAUAAAGUCAUAAUCGAUGGAUAUUCAGAAAAUAGCCCCGAACUACUUAGUUUGAAAUUGAAGAAUGCACAAAAUAUCAUUAAUUUCUCGAAAAAUAAACUACAAAACUAUUUGGACACGGUUAAGAAACACCUACCGCCAAAACCCUCUGAUGAAUUGGGUCGAGCUCUCGAUGGCAUUGAAGAAUUAUGCAGUUUUCUUGAUGCACAAAUUAUAUUCCCUAACUAUUCUCGAACCACACAAAUCGAUCAAGCUCUCGAAGCAGAUGAAAGUCGUCAAUUCAAAUCAAUGUCACCAGAGAUAAAAACUAUCAAUGAAAACAACAUCACAGUUCCACAACUUACAAAAACCUUCGAUCCAAGAGUCCAGGAAUCGAGGCAAUUAGAAGAAGUAGAGAUAGUCUCGAAUGGAGGAGGCAGAACAGCUUAUGAGAAACCCGACACUGGAUAUAUGGUUAAUUCAUUUCGGUUGCUUGGGAAUCGUAAGGAGGUUGAACUGAUAGCAAUUGCAACUGACGAAAAAGCUGAUCAGGUGACUAGCUUGAGUGGUAUGCCUUCUAUUGACCCCGUGGGCUGCAGAGACGAUUGAUUGGUUAUUAUUUUUUUAGUAAAAUAUAUUUACUUGCGACUGAUUUUGUUUUUGUUACAAAUCUAUUAGUAUAAUAAUUCAUUGACCAAGCCAGGUCGUGUUCUUUAAAAAAUGUAUCUUAAACUUUUGCAUUUUUGUUCAAAAUUAAAUGAUAGAUUGUUCGAAA